AUUCCGGAAUUUGACAAUCUCUAUCUGGAUAUGAAUGGAAUUAUUCAUCAAUGUUCUCACCCAAAUGAUGAAGAUGUGCACUUUCGAAUCUCUGAAGAAAAAAUUAUCGCUGAUAUUUUCCACUAUGUGGAAGUAUUAUUUCGCAUCAUCAAACCAAAGAAGGUCUUCUUCAUGGCAGUUGAUGGUGUGGCUCCAAGAGCAAAAAUGAAUCAACAACGUGGCAGACGUUUUAGAUCAGCAAAAGAAGCAGAAGAGAAAAUUAAAAAAGCAUUAGAGAAAGGAGAAAUCCUUCCAACGGAAGCCAGAUUUGACUCCAACUGUAUCACCCCAGGUACUGCUUUUAUGGCCAGGUUACAUGAGCAGCUAAAAUAUUUUAUAAACUCGAAGAUUUCAACAGAUAAAUCCUGGGAAGGUGUGGCUGUGUACCUGUCGGGUCACGAGACCCCAGGCGAGGGAGAACACAAAAUCAUGGAAUUUAUUAGAGCUGAAACAAGAAAACCUGAUCAUGAUCCCAAUACGAGACACUGUCUGUAUGGACUGGAUGCUGAUUUAAUUAUGCUUGGAUUAACAAGCCAUGAACCAAAUUUUUCCCUUUUGAGGGAAGAAGUUCGAUUUGGUGGCAGGAAAUCACAGAAAAGGAUUACUGCUGUUGAAGAAACUACGUUUCACUUAUUGCACCUGUCCCUAAUGAGAGAGUAUAUUAACUAUGAGUUUUCAUCUGUACGGGACAAGAUUUGUUUUGAAUAUGACCUUGAACGAAUAAUUGAUGACUGGAUAUUGAUGGGGUUUCUUGUUGGUAAUGAUUUUAUUCCUCAUCUACCUCAUUUACACAUCAAUCAUGAUGCACUGCCUUUGCUAUACAAGACGUACGCUGAGGUCCUACCAAGCCUUGGAGGGUAUAUUAAUGAAGGCGGAACAUUAAAUUUGGAACACUUUGAGAAGUAUCUUGUAAAACUGUCUGAGUUUGAUCGUGAGCAUUUUAGUGACGUUUUUGUGGACCUAAAGUGGUUUGAAAGUAAAGUGGGUAAAAAGUACCUAAAUGAGGCAGCAGGUAUUGCAGCAGAGGAAGCAAAACGACGUAAAAAGAAAAACAAGGUUCGUGAUGAUAUGUGUUUAGCUGUAUUGGAUGAUAGUGGAAAUGAGACAGCAGCCAGUUCAAACUGCAGGACUGAAUUCAAUCACGAAGAACUAUUGGAUGACAGCAAGGAUGAAGACAACGAGGAUGAGAAUGAUUUGUUUGAAACCGAAUUCAGGCAAUACAAGAGAGUUUAUUACAUGACGAAGAUGGGUGUAGAAGUUGUUUCUGAUGAAUUUCUCGCUCAGCAAGCAGAAUGUUAUGUUCAAGCAAUACAAUGGAUUUUGCACUAUUAUUACCAUGGUGUGCAGUCCUGGAGCUGGUACUAUCCUUUUCAUUAUGCACCUUACCUAUCUGACAUCCGUUAUAUCAGCAAGUUGAAGAUAAAGUUUGAUAUAGGGAAACCAUUCAAGCCAUUUGAGCAGCUUCUAGCUGUUCUGCCAGCAGCCAGCAAAGAUCUUCUACCUAAAUGCUACCAGUUUUUAAUGACUGAUGAAGCUUCACCAAUCAUCGAGUACUAUCCUCCAGAUUUCAAAACGGACCUUAAUGGCAAGCAACAGGAGUGGGAAGCUGUUGUUCUGAUUCCAUUUAUUGAUGAGAAACGAUUACUGGCAGCGAUGGAACCAUGUAAUAGUGAUCUUUCAGAGGAGGAAGUACAGCGCAAUAGACACAGUAAUUGUGUCAAGUUUUGGUGGGACAAAGAAAUUGCCUUCAAAUAUCCAUCACCAUGGCCAGAAAAAUUUCCAGAUGUGGAGCAAUGUCAUGCAAGACAUGAAGAGAUUCCCAUGGAUGCAUGGAAAGUAGAUCUCAGGUACGCUAAAAGGCAUGUCACUGAGAAGGGGUCUUUGUACUUCCGUGGGUUUCCAACUCUGAGACAUAUUAAGCACAAGUUCUACUUAGCGAAGAGUGGAGUUCAAAUCUUUCAACAACCAAGCCGUGGAGAAAAUAUGCUUUUGGAGUUAUUGCCCAAGGAAGAGGAAAAUGUGGAUGAUGUUGCUAAUCAGGAGCUUGGAAGGUCUGUUUAUUUGAAUUGGCCUUAUCUUGAGGAAGCUCGAGUUGUUGCUGUGUCGGAUCAAGAAAUGAAAUAUUAUUUAGAAGAACCUGCAGGUGUUCAGAAAGUAUACACUGAGAAAACUCCGCCACCUACUAAAGUAGUUUACUUUGGAGACACUGAACAAAACAUGUGGCACAAAGAAGUACAUAACAUAACUGAGUUUUACCAUAAAAGGAAAGGAAUCCUCAUCAAUGAAACGUCGGUGCUUGUGUAUGCACAGCUUCUCACUGGGCGUCGAUACGUAUUUGGCCAUAAUGGUGACGUUACCUUAGAGAAGGAAUGGUCAAAGCAAGUACUACCAUUUGCUCACCAGACCAUUGUGAGGAACCUUAAAUCAUUUGAUUCCAGUUUCUCUCACUUCAGUUCAUUGGAUGAAUUGUUUCCACCCAGAAUUAAGGUCUUCAUGAUGGGAACACCCUACUAUGGCUGCAUGGGCGAGGUUCAAGACUCUUCUGAUGUUGUGAAAGAUGGCCGAAUCCGUGUGGUUUUCACUGUUCCUUUGGAGCCACAGCUAGAUGGUAUCAUACAAAACCAGCACAAAUAUUCCACAAAAUAUAACCCUGGUUAUGUUUUGGCCAGUCGACUUGGAGUUACUGGGUAUCUUGUGUCAAGGUUAACAGGAAGUUUGUUUAUUGGGAGAGGAUCAAAGCAAAAUCCUCUUGGAGAACAGAAAAUAAAUGUGGGCCUGAAUCUGAAGUUCAAUAAGAAGAAUGAAGAAGUACCUGGUUACACAAAGAAAGUUGGGAAUGAAUGGCUAUAUUCUUCUGCAGUUGAAGAGAUUCUGAAUGAAUAUCUAGAAAGGUAA